UAAUACGCGGCGCAGUCGGUCGCGUUCGCUGCUUGGCUCUGCAGCUGCUAUCUCUCUCGUACGGCUCCUCGAUCGGCGAUCGCGCGCGAACGGACUCUUUUCUCUUCGCUUCGCAGUGCAGUGCGCGCAUCGGCUGCAGCGGGCGGCGAGUGCGCGUGCGCGCGUUGAAAAUUUCGAAAAUUUGCGCACUCGGCUCUCGGGGCUUUUUGUUCGGCAAGAACAGAAAGACCAGCGUCUCGAGGAUCCGGAGCCGGGCCCACAAGAAGCGGAUACUGGGAAUGCAUAAGACUCGAGGGAGAAGCCGCAACCUGCUCCUCUAAGGCUGAGAGCCUAGUAGCUGUUAGCGCACAGAACGCGAGCCGUACGAUGGCCGUCGUCAGCGGAGUGAAGAGCCACGGACACGGCGAAGCCACCGGCCAGAGGAUCAAGGACAGCCAAGAUGAGCAGAUGCACGCGUACGGCUACGAGCGGAGCAUCGCCGGCACGAUGGCGACGCUGCUGGGCUGCAUCCUCAGCGCGGGCUCGCUGCGGCUCUUCUUCCACUGGUAUCCCCAUCUCUACCUGUACGCGACGCACAGACGAUGCGGCCUGAGUCGCGCCAGCAAGGUCCUAGUGGUGGACGAUUACCAGGGCAAGUACAAGUCUUACAUCGUCAAGGAGGUAAAGAGCGUGUCGACGAGGUGUUUGAGCUCGGACUCGUCGCAGGCGUCGCGUUACCUGCGCCGCGCGCACAAGCACCUGCUGGACGGGCUGCGGGGCAAGGACCUCGAGCUGAACCUGGAGAACGGGAGCCGCUGCCUCGCGCCCGAGUACAAGGCCUUCUGGUGCAAGAAGCAGUGCUACGUCUGGGACGACAAGGCCUCCGAGUUCUCGAAGCUCGCCAGCCUGGACAGGUACGCGCGCUGCCUGGACCUGCACACCGAGAAGGUCCGCGGCCUGUCGCCGGAGCGGCAGCUGCUCAGCCGGAUGCUCUACGGCUUCAACGAGAUCCUCGUGCCGGUCCAGGGCUUCCAGCUGCUCUUCCUCCUCGAGAUCCUCAACCCGUUCUACGUCUUCCAAGUCUUCAGCCUGAUCGUCUGGUUCAACGAGGGCUACUUCUACUACGCGAUCGCCGUCAUCCUCAUGUCCGCCUUCGGCAUCAUCAGCUCCAUCCGCCAGACGCGGGCCAACCAGACGAGCCUGAGGAACACCGUCGCCUCGACGGAGACGGUCCGGGUGCUGCGCAGCAGCGGCGAGUACGAGAGCAUCUCGAGCGACGAGCUCGUGCCGGGGGACAUAAUCGAGCUGCCGAAGCACCGGGCCGUCGUCGCCUGCGACGCCGUCCUCCUGACCGGCACCUGCGUCGUCAACGAGUCCAUGCUCACCGGCGAGUCCGUGCCGGUGACAAAGACGCCGCUGCAAGCCCUGCCGGCGCUCUACGACUCGAGGGAGCACUCGCACCACACGCUCUUCUGCGGCACCACCAUCAUCCAGACCAAGCAGUACGGAGACAAGCCGGUGCUGGCCAAGGUCAUCCGGACGGGCCUCUGGACGACCAAGGGCUCGCUCGUCGCCGCGAUACUCUACCCGCCGCCGACGGACUUCAAGUUCGACCAGGACUCGUACAAGCUCGUGGCCAUCCUCAUCGCCGUCGCGUUCCUCGGCUUCUUCUACACGCUCGCGGCCAUGAUCCAGAGGGGCAACACCGCGACCAACAUCGCCAUCAAGACGCUCACGGUGUUCACCAUCGUGGUGCCGCCGGCCCUGCCCUCGGUCAUGGCCGUGGGCAAGAUGUACGCGAUCUUCCGCCUGAAGAAGCGGCAGAUCUACUGCAUCAACACCAGGGCCAUCAACAUCUCCGGCAGCAUAGACUGCGUCUGCUUCGACAAGACCGGAACUCUGACGGAAGACGGCCUGGACAUGAUGGGGGUCGUGGUGAACGAGGGCAACAAGCUCGGCGAGCCCGAGAAGGAGGUGCCGAAAUUGAAGGACGCCCACAUCUUCGAGGGGAUGCUCACCUGUCACAGUCUCACGAUAAUCGACCAAGAGCUCAGCGGAGAUCCGCUCGACGUCAAGAUAUUCGAGAGCACCGGCUGGGAGCUGGACGAGCCGGAACUGACCGACCCCGCGAAGCUCCGCCGCCUGCUGCCCCUGACCUACGUCCGUCCGGCCCACGAGUCGGGUCAUGGAGAUCAUCCAGCCGGGGGCAUGGAGAUCAUCCAGCAGUACCAGUUUUCGAGCACGCUGCAGCGCAUGUCGGUGAUCGCGCGGCGCUCCGACGACCCCUCGGGCUUCGUCGCCUACACCAAGGGCUCGCCCGAGAUGAUUCUCAGCCUGAGCUGCGCCGAGAGCAUACCCUCCGACGUCUCGAGCACCUUGAGGUGCUUCACCGAGCAGGGCUAUCGAGUCAUCGCCAUGGCCAGCAAGCGCAUCGAGGUCACCGACGAGCAGGUGCAGAAAAUCCCGAGGGACGUGGUCGAAAAGGACCUGGACUUUCUCGGGCUGAUUAUCCUGGAGAACAGACUGAAGGAGCCGACGACCAAAGUGAUAAAGGAGCUGAGAGACGCCAACAUCAAGACCGUCAUGAUCACGGGUGACAACAUCCAAACAGCCAUCAGCGUGGCGAAGGAGUGCGGCAUCCUGUCGCACGAGGAGACGGUGAUCAGCAUCUCGGUGGUUCCAACGGAAAGCAAGCUCCGGCCCGAGAUAUACUUCAACGCGGCUCAGGGAUUGCCUCGAUUGGAGAAGAAACUGAAGACGUCGUCUCUAGAGGAUUUGGAAUUCGGAAUUUACGCGAAAAACUACAAGUUCGCGCUGACCGGCGACACUUGGCAGCUUUUACGAGAGCACUACGAUGAUAUCCUGCCAAGGAUAUGCACCAAGGGUGUGGUCUUUGCGAGAAUGAGCAGCGACCAGAAGCAGCAGCUCGUUGUCGAGCUUAUUCAACUCGGCUACCACGUCGCUAUGUGCGGGGACGGAGCGAACGACUGCGGCGCGUUGAGAGCGGCGCACGUUGGGAUUUCGCUUUCCGAAGCGGAAUCAAGCGUGGCUAGUCCAUUCACAUCCCGCAUCCCGGACAUCACCUGCGUAUCAAAGGUAAUCCAGCAAGGUCGCGCAGCCCUGGUCACGUCCUUCGGUAUCUUCAAGUUCACGGUCUGCUACUCCCUGACCGAGUUCAUCAGCACGAUAAUCCUCUACUCGAUCAGCUCGAACUUCACGGGCUUGCAGUUUUUCUACGUGGACGUGAUGCUCUUCGUCAACUUCGCUUUUUUCUUUGGCAAAACCGAGGCGUACGACAAGCGGCUGGCCCGCGAACCACCUACCUCGAGCCUCGUCAGCUUCACGCCCCUCUUCUCGCUAACGAUACACACUAUAAUCAUAGCCGUAUUCGAGCUCAUCGUCUUCUAUGCGGUCCAACAGUUCGACUGGUUCACGCCGUUCACGCCAAAGGAUGAGUUUCUCUACGACUGCCUCGAAAACUACUCGGUCUUCUGCUUGUCUACCUUUCAGUAUGCCAUUAUUGCAAUAGUCUUCUCGCGGGGCAAGCCAUACAGAAAGCCCAUCUACACGAACAAGUUGUUUAUCCUCUCGAUCGUCGUACUGACGAUAGUUAAUGCUUACAUCACGAUCUAUCCGGCGCAAUGGGUGGUCGAUCUACUGGAGCUGCAGAUGCCGCCGGUCUACGACUGGCGCUUCAUGAUCGUGGGACUGGCCUUCGUAAACUUUCUCGUAUGCAUAGGCUUCGAGUCGUUCGUCGUCGAGUACCUCAUCCAGCAGAAGAUUAAGCCACGGUUCUACAAGCCCGAAAAGUCGAAGAAGCGGUAUCUGCUGCUAGAGCACGAGCUCCAGGACAAGCCCAACUGGCCGCCGAUCAGCAGCGAGCUGCCGAUUUUGCCCAUCACCCCGAGUUAUGAGAACAUCAUCAACUCGACCAGGAAAGCCAGCAUCGCCGAGUCCACCAUCUCCAUGUGCAUCGUCAAUGAGAACGAGGAGCAAAUACCGAGCAUAAGCCGUUCCUACGUCGGAGUAGACAAUCUCGGUUUCCACAGCGAGCCCGGUGACGUGAAUCGAGUCGACUAAAAGUGAUAUUUUUAAGAGUAUUAUUUUCAAGACUUUUUUAACUAUUGUUUUUAUUACAAAUUUGUUUUUCUUCCUUUUUUUGUUUGCGUAUUUACAGUUAUCUUUACCUGAGUCACUGGUUUAUUGUGUUUUUUUCAAUAAUAAACCUGCUCGUCCAUAAAGUAAAACAAAUUGCAAAUCAUCAGUCGAGAAUUCUGCUCAUCAUCGGAUCCCACUAUUUGAAUGCUCCGCGCAUUUUCUGAAAUAAAAAAAUGUAAAUUUUCGUAAAUCGGUGUAAACUACCGUGCAAAACUAUUGUCUAUUUUCCUUUUGUAGAUAGAAUCAUAUUAUGUAUACUAUGUAUUAUCUGCACACAGUUGUUUCAUACCAAUGAUGGCGUCGUGAUUUUUCUCCAACUCUUUUUGUAUCCAUUGUCUGUACUGUAACACCACCCUGUUAAGCAUUUGUAUCGUACUGUCAUAGAUUUGUUUCUCAAGUAGCAGAGCAGGAAGUGAUUUGACAAAGUCUUUAAAGGCAUCCUCACUGUAAAUUUUAAUAAAUAAAUUAUAUAAAAA